AAAAUGGUUGAGAAAUCAGAAACCCUAAAAUAAUGAAAAAAAGGAGGAAAAAAAAAACCCGGUCCCCCAUCACGUAGAUCUCCCUCUUCACACCCUCUCUCUCUCAUUAUCCGUUGUCUUGUUUGUCUCAACCGCCAAAUCUCUGUGAAUUCAAAGCUCCCUCCAAUCUCCUAUCGCUUUCUUUUUCAUCUGCCAACCGCAUUUUCGCCUCCUCUAUCAGAUACACAAGACUUCAUUUCAUCUCCAAAGGUAGAUUGACGGGAUUUAAAGAAGCUCUGUGGAGAAGAAAUGCUGAUAUCUGUGUUAGUAACACUGAACAAUAUGCUAGUUGGGUUAGCAUUGCAAAAGUGUUUAUAUCCACUUAAUCAUGGCCUUUUGAACAGUGAAAAGCUUUCAUUUGCUUUGACACACACAAGUCUUUAAGCUAAAGUGCAAAAUUGUACUUCUUCCAAAUCUCUUUAGUUACCCUUGUGUUGCACUGGAGGUUAUCAUCAAAUGUCAGAAUGUGAAAUGGUGAUAAUUAAACCUGAGGUCAUGAAGUCUUACAUCUGGCUCCAAACCGCUGAUGGCUCAAUACAGCAAGUAGAAGAAGAGGUUGCAAUGUUUUGCCCCAUGAUUUGUCGAGAAAUUCUUCAGACAGGCAUGGGGUCUUCUAAGAACUAUGCUAUUUCACUUCCACAAAGAGUUAAUCCAUCUAUUUUGAGCUUAAUACUUGAUUAUUGCCGGUUUCAUCAAGUACCAGGUCGCUCCAAUAAGGAGCGGAAAUCUUUUGAUGAGAAGUUUAUUCGGAUAGAUACAAAAAGGUUAUGUGAGUUGACAUCUGCUGCUGACAGCCUCCAAUUGAAGCCUUUAGUUGAUCUCACCAGCCGUGCACUUGCUCGAAUGAUUGAAGGGAAAUCUCCUGAGGAGAUACGUGAGACAUUCCAUUUGCCUGAUGAUCUUACUGAGGAGGAGAAAUUGGAGCCUUUAAGAAACACAGCUGAUGAUCCACGGAUCAGGCUAUUAAAUCGACUUUAUGCAAGAAAAAGGAAAGAAUUAAGAGAGAGAGAAAAGUUGAAGAAUGUUGAAGUUGAAGAGGAGCGUGUGGAUGAACGCUCAGUUGAUGACCUCCUGUCAUUUAUUAAUGGAGGAGUUGGAGAUUCAAAGGGGGGUAAGACUGCAAAGCAUAAAAAGAAGAACCGCAGAAGAAAAGAUCAAGCAAAAGGCACAGCUUUGAACAACGUAAGCAAAAUCUCUAAGAAGGAGCCGGAAUAUCUCUCUUCUGAAUGCAACAAUGGUGAAGCUGGCAAUAUUAUUGAAUCCAGCUCCAGUAAAACAUCAAAAGUUCAAGAUGUUGCUGUUGAUAGCCUUGGCCCUAAAGUUGAGUUUGAUGAUGGUGAUAUUGAUGAUGAGCUUGACCCUGCAAUGAAAGAAGAACUUGAUAGGGAAGUAGAAGACUUUGCUAGGAGACUAAAUUCAGACUGGCCUGAAAGAAUGCAAGAGAUUUUAUCUUUGGGUCAAGAAAGAAGGCAUGUCCCCAUAUCUAUGAAUGGCAACGGUUCUUCACGGAGAUACACAAGGUUGGAGCAGAGAUGUACACCCAUGGAUGCCCACUGAUUGGAAUAGGCAGUGCUGAAUGGUUUCAGUGAGAUGCUAACAAGGUAUGGCUAUGUUGAUGGGCACCCAGAGAAGAGGCAUUGCUGUUGGCAUGAAGAAACAUGCAUUUGCCUUUUAUUUCCUUUGCUGGAUUGGGAAUUUAAUUCACAGGGGCCAUGCGUGCUGAGUAAAAAGGAAAAGAAGGGAAGUUUCUCGUGUGCCAAUUUAUAGAUAUGCCCUUUUAAUCUUUUCGACCGUAUGAGGUUGCCCAUCAGGAAUUUCAAGCCAUGCCCAUGUAUUAUUUUCAUUGUGAAAUCACAAUCUGUUAGUAACAACCAUGUACCAAUCUUUGUUAUUGAUAGUAUAAAACAAUUAAUUAUCAAAGAGGCUAUUGCCAAUUUAAAUUC